AUGAGGAAACAAAUAUUAAUGGUUGCAGUUCAAAGUAUUUUAUGUUCUACCGUUUUUGGUGAGCGAACCAACGUGGGGCUUUCCACUGAAGAACUGGGUGGUGACUCAGUUGUGUACUUUGAUGAGGACCCGGUUGUGGUAGAAAUAAACACGAAGUCUAUAAACAAACAGGCUCUGGAACAGUUGGCAACGACGAGAAAUGUUGUUCUUACUGAUUUGCCUGAAACCCUUGAGUUUAUAGACUUCAACGAGUACGCAAAAAUGAAGGCGAAAUCCGACAUGCUAUUAGAGUAUAUCAACGAAUACGAAUUCGAUGAUUUUGAGGAAAGUUCAGAAGGCGGUGUUUAUGAAGAGGAAGAAGAGGAUUUGAUUUAUGAUUUUAAUGUUCAAGCAAAGGACGCGGACAAAAUUAAUGCCAAUGUUUAUGAAGUUGUUAAAGAAAAAGAAGUGAUUAACACUUAUGAUAAAAAUCUUACGAACUCAACCACGGUGGAGUCAUCUACUACUAUUGGUCCUUUUAAAACGUCUCACUCUUACUCCGCUUCUAUUACUCCGCAUUCGAAUGCUUCAAUAGCGGGUGAGGACUACGAUAACGGGAGCUCCUUCUUGACCCCAACAACUGUAGCUUUGACAGUAUUGUUGACCAUUUUGUUAUUUAUACAGACCUACUAA